CGCGAAACCGUCGUGGGCGAGAGGCGGCAUGAGGCGCCAGGGCUUCGUCAUGUGUGCAUGGGUUGCUGCAGUGCUCGGUCAAGGUCCUUCGGCACGUGACUUUACAAACGCUCUCAUCCAGUCCACACGUUGUACGCCAACGUCGACAACUUCGGCAUGCUUGGCGUACGAGCGGUGCAAAGCAACCCAUCGCUGUGCUCGAGGAAGCGAAGAGUACACGAUCGGCGACGCCAAGUUGGAAGCGUUCGACCAAGAGUUUGACCAAGGCCGUCGGUCCCAAGUCCAGCUCGUCAACGACUUUGAAGAUUGGAAGACUGGGGUCCACCACUGGUCGGUGCCUCUCGAGUGGAAAGCCCCGACCAAGUUUGGAUUCGACACAUUCCACUACCCCCUGCUUGGAUCGCUCGAGCUCGCGUCGGGCACCGUGUACAUCGACACGACGACGGCAGGCAUGUCUGGCGAUGUCUCGUUCCAAGGGAUGCUGCUCCAAACGCCUCAGCGCACCACAGUCGCUGUUUUUAACUUUCUCACGAUACACUUGGGAGCGAAUGUUCAAGUCAAGCUCAAGGGUCGACAUGCGCUUUGUUUACUUAGCCGCAGCAGCGCCGUAGUCAACACGCACCUCGUGAGCCCGCCGGGGAUGCUGGGCGGAUUCCCCGGCGGUGGAACGAUUGCCCAGCACAACAUCAACGGUCCAGGAAGCUCCAGCGUCCGUGUGUACACGCACACGGUGCAAACGUCUGGAGCGCUCGAGCCGACGGUGAUGGAGAUUCAAACGAGCGUUGCCGCGGGCCAAACGAUGCGAGGGACGUUUACGCUCUCGAACGGGGCCAACGUAACGGCGCGCAUUCGGUACGACGCGAGCGCCGAAGAGAUGCAGGCGCAGUUGGAACUUGGACUUGGCGGCGUCGGUCGCGUCCAAGUGACGAGAGCUGGCCAAGAAGUGGCGAGCGUCGGCCGUAUUUGGAGAGUGUCGUUCUUGACGGCGGUGGGAAACGUCCCGUUGCUGACGCCCACGUCGUACUUGACGGGCCUCGAUUCGACGGUGCAGACGCGGCUGGUCGCGGUUGGAAAUCAGCUCAGCGGCGUGUUUCGCCUCCGUUUUCUUGGCCAGACCUCGCCCGACUUGCCAUACAACAUAAGUGCCGACGGCAUGGCGGCGGCGCUUCGAGCAGCGUUUGACGUGCAGCAAGUCGCUGUCACAAAGGACGUGCCCACAUCGAUCGAGCGGGGAUGCACAUGGCGCAUUCAAAUGACAACGUUACGAGGAAACGAGGCCCCCACUAGCCCAUCGGCUCCAGUCGUGGAUGCGCCGUUGACGUUCAUGACGGCGAGUGCCGCCGACGUCGUGGUGGACCCAGUGACCCAUGCCACAACGACCCAGCCGUAUUUGAUCGGAAAACGCGCCCAAGUGACGAUCUCCGACACGGCGGGGUUUUCGCUCAGCUAUGGUGGGAAAGGCGGCCGGUUGGCUGCCAAUGGCGACUUGAUUGGAGGGAGCGGGGGCGGUGGAGGGGGCGACUCCCCCACCGACUUUGGCCAGUUUCCAAGACCCAUAUUUGGCGGAGCUGGCGGAGGGGCGAUAUAUCUCGCUGCCGUGAAUGACAUGACGCUUGGCCCCAACGCGUCGUUGGCGGUCCAUGGCGAAGCGGGCGAGAGCGGCAUUUUUGCAGGCGGAGGCGGCAGCGGAGGGUCCAUCGUGCUCACCAGUGGCACGAGCAUUCACAUCAUGGGCACGUUGGCGGCGACAGGGGGACUGGGAGGGCGAAGCACUCAAAGCCCCGGCGAGAACGGGUCGGACGGAGAAAUUUCGCUGCACGCGCAUGCUGUCGCGUACUCCGGGGCUGGUGCGAUCGUGGGCGGCACGAUCCAUCUGGACAUUCAAACGCAGCUCCAACUAACCACCGAUCCGUUUGUCGGCGCUGCACAGACAGCCAAGUCUUUGUACUUGGCCAAGAGCGUCAUCGAUCCAACACCGACGUUGGAAGGCCCGUCGUUCAGAGUGUUUCCGAGUCAACCGAGCCGGGUAUCGUACUUUGUGCGGGUGGGGGCGACGAAAAUCGGAUCGCUCCAAACGAAUCGAGGGGCGCUCUUUGGGGUCCAUCAUUCGUCCGACCCGACGCUUUUUGUGGUUGCCAUUGGGAUGAUGCAAGGCGCGCUGACGUACUCGACCAACGCGAGAGGGUUCCCCGUCCAGGCAUUGCUCCCUGCCAUCCAUCCAUGGCAAUGGUAUCAAGUCGACAUCUUUUUGAAUUGGCAUGUGCUCGAGCUCGAAAUUCGAGUCAAUGGCGUGUCGAGGGUCGCGCACGUCCCGUUCGCCGCGGACACGGUGGACUUGAUCGGGCUGUACACGUACGAUGCGAUGCAGACGUGGUGGGACGAGCUGUAUGUCGGCCUCGAUCGCACGAUGAGCUUUCACUGCCCCACGGUCGACUCGAAUGGCCGCGUGGUCGUGUCCCAGCCCCGGCAGCGCCCGCUGUGGUCCCCGGCAGUCGUGGGUCCGCCGACGCAGUAUUCGCCGCCAAUUCGCCACUACAGCCAUCUCUCGAGACGAGCGGUGUACGCGUACGACAACGGCGGCCUCGCUCCCAACGACGGGCCGCUCCAUCGCGUGUACUCGAACGAUAUUCGGGACGACGUCUUCGAUGCAGAUGCGUCUGCGUUGGGCAUGGGCGAAUUGGUCGCGAUCGCGAUAUCCCCCGACGUAUCGAUUGUGUACCCAGUCGACUCGAACGCGGAACGGAUCGCAUCGACCGCAACGACGCUGCCCAAAGAGUCUCAGUAUUGGUUCUCGGAAGUCCAGCUUGUCGAUGCCAACCACGUCGUCGUGGGCGGCGGGAUCGGGGCAUGCUCUACGACGGACCUCAUCUCUUGGCGCAACGAAGGCAUCAUGCUGCACUUCGCCAACCUGACCGAUCCGUUUGGAGUCCACCAACGCCUCGUCGCGACUCGUCCAAAGGUCGUGUUGACCCGGCCUGGCGCUGAGCAGCAGUUUGUCAUGUGGAUGCACGUCGACAACGCCCAGAACGAGAUGGGGCUGAGCGGCGUGGCGACGGCCGACUUUCCCAAUGGCCCGUACCGAUUCCAAGCGAGCAUGUACCCGCCAGGUGCGACGGAAGCCCCCGGCGGCCAAACCAUCACGGAAACGCAUGACCAAACGGUGCUUGUGUCGCCGACCAACGAUGCGUACUUGAUUCAGAGCUACUACAAGACGGUCGAAUACUGGCUGCCGCGGCCGAUCAUGGACCCGCUCUGGGAAAGCGUCAAGCGUAUGGAUGGGUCUGUCGACUACAGCCUCAACUUUCACCGAGCGUUCUUCACAAAAGACUACGACAACGUGGACGACAUUUACUUGCAACGAUUUCGAUCCGAGGACGCACCGUGGGCCAUCACGUGCUGCGAUCGAGUCACAAACGUGUGCGAUGAUUCCGUGCUGAUCCACAACGAAGGAUGCCCGCCGCCGUAUCGCAAGCAAGUGAACGGGUUGGCCCAGCUCCACGAGCCCAUUCGUUCGCGGUACAAGGACCCGCACGACCCCCAAAACAACGCGUUUCGGCCGCAUUCCGUGCCGUCGCACACGGACUGGGGCUUCCAAGUCUACAACAUCAAGACGUGGCGCGGCAACUACUUUGAUGCGUUGAGCACGAACAUCACGCUGGCCGUAUUCAAGCUGUUUGCCGGCAUGGCGAGUGCGUACGCGAUUCCAUCGACGCAAGAGGUGACGUACCCGUUCGCGUCCGAGUCGGCUGCCUUUAUCAACACGACGGACCCGCCAAACAUGAUGGACUUUAUCCUGGACACACUCGGGGUUCCCAUGAGCCCGUCGUUUCUCGAAAAGUUUGACGACUUUGACAUGAAGCACAUGGACGUCAACUUGGACGGCAAGUUGACGCUCGACGAAGUCGCUGAAAUGAUGAAGUCGGGCCAGAAAACCCUCAGCGCGACCGCGUUCGACGCGUUUCUCGUCGAAUUGGAAGCGCUCAAGCGAGAAGAGGCGCUCAAGUUGGACCCGGAUCGAGAUGGCCGGAUCACGUAUGGCGAAUUCGACGCGUGGGUCGGGCUCGAUCCGGCGCUCGCGUUCGAUCGAUUCGACCUGGACAAGUCGGGAUACCUGGACGAGAACGAGUUGUCGCGCUUUCUCAUGGAUCGCCAGCUACCCCGCCUCGACGCGAUUGCCAUCAUGCUCGAUCCCGACUUUGACGGGCGCGUGUACUACGAAAUGUUUGAGCAGUUUGUGUUUCAGGCCUCGUCCGUGGUAUUUCGAAGCUACGACUUUGACAACUCGAACGACCUGAACGCGAGCGAAGUCGCCCUGCUCCAAGCCGAUAUUGGCGUGAGUUUUCUCAACGCCCCCGUCAUGCUGUCCCUCCUGCCAACCAACACGUCAACGAUGCGCCUCGACACGUACAUGACGUGGAUGACGGCGUCCGCGAGCGAGCUGCGCGAUCGAGUCCAAGCGUUCAAAGUCGACAAUGGACUGCAUCCGACCCGCCCGGAUCGCAUGACGGGACCGCAGCACGUUGUCGAGCAGCGCCGCGCCAAGUAUGUGUCGGUGUCAAAGCUCACUCCAGACUACGUCGGCAUCGAGGCGCUGUUGGUUGAACUCGAGGGCGAUUUGGACGGCCAAGGGGCGCUGCAAGAUAUCGCGAGCUUGGUAUUGCAGUUGAAUUUCCCGCCGACGACGCAGUCGCUCGUGCCAUUUCGACAAUUCCUCGCGCCUGCUGCAUUUGGCCAGUACGCCAGCUAUUGGAACGGACGUACAUGGGAGCCGCGGCCGUCGGCCCCGCCAGCGUUCACCUACGGCAAGUCGACUCGAUGGAUGUGCUAUCGAGCCAGAGUCACCGACGCUGCAGGCCAACAAUGCACCGACCAAGUGCGCAAUCCCGACUGCCUGCCAUGCUUGACGCAAUCUCCGUAUUUGUCGACGACCGUCGCGGUGUAUCGAAACAUCGAGCCGACGCUCGCCCACUGCGACAACAACAAGGAACUCGAUGCAUACUUGAAACAAUUCGACCACCAAGUGUCGUUUCCUCUGCGGUUCCAGCAAGUCGCCCGCGUGUCGUCGGCCGGUGUCCAGCCGCAUUAUUCGCCGUGCUUGAACCAGUCGGAGAGUGUGCCGUGCGAUGUGCUCAAGGUGUACGAGGCCACCGCUGUGACGCCAUGGUCCUUGGCAUGGGAAUCCAGGCCUGUGAACCAAGGAACGUCCGUGAAAAUACGAGCGGGCCCGAUGCAGUUGGAAUCGAUCGGCCAGACCUUCCAAGAGCGCUUCCCCCGUCGAGUCGCCGAGCCGCCUUUUGCCAUGUGCGAAAUCAACUCGACCGUCGUGCCCGACCAGUACCAACACGUACUUGGCGGGGGGUAGCGCGAGUCGGUCUCACUCGAGGCAUUGUGUACCAUAGCCUGGUUUCGUUUUAACGUCGCCAGCACGACUGGCCACACUCUUGCAACGAGAUGCCAUCGCGAG